UGUUCUGGACCUAACAUGGCCUGCUUCAAUGGCGUCUGCUUGUGUGCAGAUGAUGCAUUUCACAGCAAUGAUGCAUGUGUACUGAGGUCCAAGUUUGGAGAACUGUGUACUUUUGAUGAGAUGUGUAAGAUUGGUUUGGUUUGCUUGGACAAUGAAUGUACAUGUCCUGAGGGGGCCUUGGCAGAUAGAGGGCAGUGUGUAUCAGGUAGUAAACCUGGUCAGAUUGGCUCCUCUUGUGUUCAGCCAGGAUAUCAGUGCUUUCAGAGUGACACCUAUUGUUCAGAGGGAAAGCAGUGUCAGUGUCUCCCAACACAUUAUCUAAGCAAUGGUAUCUGCAUUCCCAAAGCUCAGGUUGGUGAGGGGUGUUCAACAGAUAAAGAGUGCAUGGACAGCCAAGCCAGUUGCAGGGAAGGUUUCUGUAUAUGUAACAGAGGAUUUGAACCAAGUGAACACAGAUGUGUGAGCAGAGGUAGUUUUAGUUUGUCAUGUCUGGAGUCAGGUGCUUGUGUUGAUCUGGGAACUCAGUGUGACAACAACACAUGUGUCUGUGGACCAGAGUUUUAUCACAGGAAUGGAAAAUGUGAGAGGAAGGGUUUUCUGACUGGUUCACCUUGUAAGUCGUCGGACAUGGUGUGCAACUCCAACGCCAUCUGCAGUGCUGACAUCUGCAGGUGUGAAAAACUGUCGUCUGACAGACAGAGCAGAUGUAUUCCCAGAAUCCCCCUGGGUUCCCCCUGUAACACCAGCUCUCAUGUCUGUCAGACACAAGAUGCACAGUGUGUGGGUGGAGUCUGUAAGUGUAGCAACAGCUUCAUGGAACAGAAUGGAAUCUGUGUGGCUGAGCCAGAGGAGGGACAGUUGGGCCGACUUGACCACAUGUGUGCCCCUGGUGGUGUUUGCUAUGACCAGCAUGCUGUCUGCACUAGAGGGCGCUGUGGUUGCUCUGCAGACUACUACCAGGAUGGGAGGAAGUGUCUGAGUAAGGUAUCUCUAGGCAGACCAUGCACCACUACUGCAGCCUGUGCCAGUGAUAACACAGUGUGUACAGCAGAGGGCACCUGUCAGUGUGGACCUAGUCACUUUGAACUGGAGGGACAGUGUGUUGGUCGUGGUGGCCUAGGAAACCCGUGUCUCCCUGGUAAUGGAUGUGUAGAUAACAGGGCAGUCUGUAUACAGGAAUAUUGUAGCCAAAGAAGAGCCUGA